AUGGCGUGUGGCAGCGGGAGGGUCACCAUCCAGCUGGUGGGCGAGGAGGCAGGGGCUGGAGCCAGCGGCCUGCAGCUCUUUCGGGGCCAGAGAUAUGAGGCGAUCCGGGCGGCCUGCCUGGAUUCGGGGAUCCUGUUCCGAGACCCUCAUUUCCCUGCAGGCCCUGAUGCCCUCGGCUACGACCAGCUGGGGCCGGACUCGGAGAAGGCCAAAGGGGUGAAAUGGAUGCGGCCCCGUGAGUUCUGCGCUGAGCCCCAGUUCAUCUGUGAAGAUAUGAGCCGAACGGACGUGUGUCAGGGGAGACUGGGUAACUGCUGGUUCCUUGCGGCCGCCGCCUCCCUCACGCUCCACCCCCGACUCCUGAGCCGCGUGGUCCCUCCUGGACAGGGCUUCCAAAGUGGCUACGCAGGCAUCUUCCACUUCCAGCUCUGGCAGUUUGGCCGCUGGGUGGACGUCGUGGUGGACGACAGGCUGCCCGUGCGUGAGGGGAAGCUGAUGUUUGUGCGCUCGGAGCAGCGGAACGAGUUCUGGGCCCCGCUCCUGGAAAAGGCCUAUGCCAAGCUCCAUGGCUCCUAUGAGGUGAUGCGAGGCGGCCACAUGAAUGAGGCUUUCGUGGACUUCACGGGCGGCGUGGGUGAGGUGCUCUAUCUGAGGCAAAACACCUCCGGCCUCUUCUCUGCCGUGCGUCGCGCCCUGGCCAAGGAGUCCCUUGUAGGCGCCACUGCCCUGAGCGAUCAGGGCGAAUACCGCACAGAAGACGGGCUGGUGAAGGGGCACGCGUAUUCAGUCACAGGCACACACAAGGUGUCCCUGGGCUUCACCAAGGUGCGACUGCUGCGGCUGCGGAACCCAUGGGGUCGCGUGGAGUGGACUGGGGCCUGGAGCGACAGCUGCCGGCGCUGGGACGCACUCCCCGACGAGUGGCGAGACGCCCUGCUCGUGAGGAAGGAGGACGGCGAGUUCUGGAUGGAGCUGCAGGACUUCCUCCACCACUUUGACACCGUGCAGAUCUGCUCGCUGAGCCCCGAGGUGCUGGGCCCCAGCCCCGCCGGAGGCGGCUGGCACAUCCACACCUUCCAGGGCCGCUGGGUGCGCGGCUUCAACGCUGGUGGGAGCCAGCCGACUGCUGAAACCUUCUGGACCAACCCCCAGUUCCGGCUGACGCUGCUGGAGCCUGAUGAGGAGGAUGAGGACGAGGAAGGGCCCUGGGGGGGCUGGGGGGCAGCAGGGGCGCGGGGCCCAGCACCCGGGGGCCACACGCCCAAGUGCACGGUCCUCCUGUCACUCAUCCAGCGAAACCGGCGGCACCUGAGGGCCAAGGGCCUCACUUACCUCACCGUGGGCUUCCACGUGUUCCGGAUUCCAGACGAGCUGCUGGGCCUCUGGGACUCCCCGCGCAGCCGCGCCCUCCUGCCCCGGCUGCUGCGCGCCGACCGCUCGCCCUUCUGCGCCCGCCGCGACGUGAGUCGCCGCUGCCGCCUGCGCCCCGGCCACUACCUGGUGGUGCCGAGCGCCGCCCGCGCCGGCGACGAGGCUGACUUCACACUGCGCGUCUUCUCCGAGCGCCACCACACUGCCGUGGAGAUCGACGACGCCAUCAGCGCCGACCUGCGGGUGCUCCAGGGCCCCCACGUGCCCCUGGAGCUGGGCUUGGAGCUGCUGUUUGCGGAGCUGGCUGGAGAGGAGGAAGAGCUCGAUGCCCCGCAGCUCCAGGCCUUGUUGAGUGUCGCCCUGGAGCCUGCCAGGGCCCGCACCCGAACCCCGGGAGAGAUUGGGCUCAGGACCUGCGAGCAGCUGCUGCAGUGUUUUGGGCACGGGGGAAGCCUGGCCCUGCACCACUUCCAACAGCUCUGGGGCCGCCUCCUGGAGUGGCAGGCCAUAUUCGACAAGUUCGAUGAGGAUGCCUCUGGAACGAUGAACUCCUACGAGCUGCGGCUGGCAUUGAAUGCAGCAGGCUUCCACCUGAACAACCAGCUGACCCAGGCCCUCACCAGCCGCUACCGGGACAGCCGUCUACGUGUGGACUUUGAGCGAUUCGUGUCCUGUGCGGCCCAGCUCACCUGCAUCUUCCGCCACUGCAGCCAGCACCUGGAUGGGGGUGAGGGGGUCAUCUGCCUGACCCACAGACAGUGGAUGGAGGUGGCCACCUUCGCCUAGGACCCCAGGAAGGGGACACCUGCAGCUCGGGGCAGGGGAGCUGCACAAGACCGCCCUGCCCUGCCCUGCCCGGCACCAGGUGAAGCUCUGACUGGGGCUAGCCGGCCGGGGGUUGGCUGCCGGCCCCACUGCUGGCUGGGUGACGUCUCUGCACCGUGUCCUCCCCUGGACUCGGGACGGCAGCAGCACCUUUCUUGUGCAGACCGCACAAGCUAGUCCAUGGUGCCGGCCCCUGCUCUAAGCAAGGAUCCCCAGUAGCACCUUCUUAGUUUGCCAUACUAACGGGCCCAGGGAUCAUGGCCCCACCUUGUUCUGGGAAGACAUGUUCUGCCCUUGCUCUCCGGGAAGUAGGGAAUGGAGAUAGGACAGAGAAAUGAGGACACUGUGGGAAUCCUUAAAAAUAUUACAUGUUUUAUUAUCCUGUUCCCAGAGGGUGGUUUAUCCAGAAACCAAGAAAAAAAAAUCAAUCAGAAUAAACUAAAAAAAAAAAAAAAGGGGGGGGGGG